CAUAGAUCAACCAUGAUAAUAAUUAUGAACGGAAUUUCAAACAUAUAUGCACGUUCUAGUGUUAGAUGUCCACGUACUCACCUCGUUCGUUCGAUUCAAUUCCAAGGAACGUCACCCGAAGCCGUUCACCCAAAUUGAUUAUCGAAACUGCCUGUUCUGGCCGGAUUGACUUGCUGCCUGAUCAUCGUUGGAACCAGGGGGGUCACCGAAUCGUCGUUGGUCUAACGCUGCGCUUUACUGGAAAAGAGGGUUGCCCGCUGCUGAUCCGCCGUCGUCGGAAUAGAGGUCGCUGGGCAGGGGUUCGCCGGCAGAAUUCGUCCCCCACGCCACCUGCCGCCUCCGCCCAACCGCCGGAAAUCGAGAGGGAGCCACCAGGGAACCGGGUCGGGUCUGCUACCCACCGAAUUCCUAGGCCGCUGUCGCCGCCGCCGGGGUUCUGGUUUGCCGCCGAUUGUCGUGCGCCUGUGUCGCAGGUGGGAAUUGUCAUCGCUGUCGUGGUGCUGCUCGGUCAGAUCGAAGAGGGAGACAAGACUGGUGGCGGCGGUUUUCAAUCGAAGAAGGAGAAGAAACGGGAGAGGGUGUAUUUAUAUUUCUAGGGUUUUGUGCUCCAUAAUUUAAAAUAACGUGUCUGAGUAAAGACACACUUUUCGGUCCAACUUGCUCCGAAUUAAGAUCCGUUUGCAUCGUUGGAUUCGAUUGGUCGCUCCCUACCCAAUGGUAUAACUUUUAUAAUCGUUCAACAAGUAUUCAUAGGUUCCACGUGGUCCGUCUUAAUUCUUUUGGUUAAUUAAUACAGAUUAGUCUUUUUA